ACUAAUACCUGGCAUAAGUUAAGGCAGUCAAUAGUUUCCUCAGUCACAUAUCCGGCGAUGGGUGGCGCUCGGGGCGGUAGAAACAGAGAAGGAAGAGGAAGUGAGAAGUGGGGACGGCGGCGGAACGGAAAAUGGGGUCAGAUGUGGUUAUUUCUGUUUGUGAUUACGGUGGUUCACGGCGUCGCCAUUCUCAUAUUCACCAGAGGCUUUCUGCUCACCCGAACGGAGCUUCCAUUCUCUAGCCAUUGCUCCGAUGUUUCUCAGUCGCCCUGCUUCUCCUCUUCGUCUAUUCCUUCCUCUAAUUCUUCUGCCAAUCAUCACGAGACGACCAGUUCUUCGCACCACAAGCGCCCGCGAUGUUGGACCAAACCUGCUAUAGAUCGCCUUGUCAUCAUCGUUCUCGAUGCUCUCAGGUUCGACUUUGUAGCUCCCAGUAAAAUUUUUCAAGAAUCGAAGGCUUGGAUGGACAAAUUAUUAGUGCUACAACAAUUGGCUUCCACACAACGAUCAUCAGCUAGGAUUUUCAAAGCUAUUGCUGAUCCUCCUACCACAAGUUUACAGCGUUUGAAGGGCCUGACAACUGGUGGACUACCUACUUUUAUUGAUGUUGGGAAUAGCUUUGGUGCUCCAGCAAUUGUUGAAGACAACUUUAUACAACAGUUGGUUCAAAAUGGAAAGCGAGUAGUAAUGAUGGGGGAUGAUACAUGGACGCAGUUGUACCCUCAUCAUUUUAACAAGUCUUAUCCAUACCCCUCUUUUAAUGUUAAAGAUCUUCACACGGUAGACAAUGGAUGCAUUGAACACUUGACACCAACAUUGUAUGAAGAAGAUUGGGAUGUUCUUAUUGCACAUUUUCUUGGCGUGGAUCAUGCUGGGCACAUAUUUGGUGUUGAUUCCUCCCCAAUGGUACAAAAGUUGGAGCAAUACAAUGUUGUCUUAGAGAAAGUAAUUGAAGUCUUGGAGAGCCAGUCUGGACCACUUGGCUUACAUGAGAAUACAUUUCUCGUUGUGAUGGGUGACCAUGGGCAAACCUUAAAUGGUGAUCAUGGUGGGGGAAGUCCUGAAGAGGUUGAAACAUCAAUUUUUGCCAUGAAUUUUAAGAAGCUUCAAUCUUCUAUUCCAUUUAAAUUUGAUUCAUCUUGUGAACAUGAUUUGGAUGGGAAGAUGUGCAUCAACUCCAUCCAACAGCUUGACUUUGCAGUAACAAUGUCUGCAUUACUUGGUGUCCCCUUUCCUUUUGGAAGCAUUGGCCGUGUUAAUGCAGAUCUGUAUGCUUUAGGUGCUGGUACAUUGGACUUGGAGGGCACAAAUUUAGAAUAUUACAAAAAUCAAUUGCGAUCUGAGGAAUGGAUGCAAAAUUAUGUCAAUGCUCUCUGUGUCAAUUCUUGGCAGGUGAAGAGGUAUGUUGAUGUUUAUUCAGCUUCAUCACUCAUUGGAUUUUCUGCUGAGGACAUGUCACACAUAGCAGACUUAUAUGCUCAAGCAGAUGAGAAUUGGUCACAUAUUACCAUGAACUUAUCACUAUAUAAGAAUGAAGGCCAUCAUUUCUUAUUACCUGCUCUUAAGAGGCAAAUUGAUUUAUAUUCUAAUUUCUUAGCACAUGUUGCUGACCUGGCACGUUCCAAAUGGACUGAGUUUAAUAUAAAGAUGAUGGCUACUGGUUUCGGCAUUAUGUUAAUAUCACUUCUACUCCACUUUCUGGUGAUCAAGAGGAUGAACCAGCAAUAUGGUGUUUCUUUGAUGUUUUGUGGACAGUCUGGGAUUUCCUUUAACUUAAUUUUUUCUUGUUUUGUGGUGGCUAUACGUGCAAUCAGCUUCCUCUCAAAUAGUUACAUCUUGUUGGAAGGAAGAGUAGCAAAUUUUCUUUUAGCUACUACUGGCAUUGUCAAGUUACGUUAUUCGAUCAUGAAAGAGAAGAUGUUAUUAGAAGCAGUUCUCUUCCUUCUUUUGGUCACAGUUUGCAGAUUUAUGAUUGAUGUUGGGCUGUCAAAGCAGGGCGCCACGUCUGUCUUCUUGAAGGUACAACCUUCAUGGAUGCUUAAGCUUACCUCGGGCUUUCCUCUUUGGAUAUAUAUAGAUGAAGUUGUACCGCUGCUGAUGCUGGUUUUAUUGGUGUACUUGCUGUCAAAAGCUAUUUCUUGCAAAUCUUGUGAAGGGGUUUCGAAGCGUGUUAUCAUGGGAACCAUUAUAAAUUAUAUGCUCAUAGCAGUGCAGUGGGCCUCAGAAAGCAGAAUAUGGAGACUGGAUCUGGUGUUUGAUGCCUUUGGAAGAAACCUCAUUCCUCAAAUAAUUUAUGCUAUAGUAGUAGUAGAAUUAUCAUUUCUGGUGUUUGGUCAGCUGUUGAACAAAGAUAGUGAUCUAGAUUGCAAGAAAAGCCUUGUGAAUAAAACAGUGGCAAUGUUAUCUGCAUGGAGUUCAGUAGUCAUUCUUUUAUCUGGGAAACAAGGUCCCUUGAUUGCCUUAGCAUCCAUAAUUGGAGGUUAUUGCAUAAUGAGGUUGGACAAUAUAGAACAGGACAUUAAAGAUGGUAUUGGUCCUCUUCCUGUAACACAAUGGAACCUUUUGGCUGUGUGUCUGUUUUUCUGCUCUGGUCACUGGUGUGCUUUUGAUGGCCUCCGAUAUGGUGCUGCAUUUAUUGGGUUUGAUGAGUUCAUCCUUGUUCGCCAAGGAGUCCUCCUUGCAAUAGACACUUUUGGUUUCUCUCACAUACUUCCAAUAUUUGGACUUCCACUUCUUGCUGUUUGGCGAUAUAUUUGGAGUGAUACUGCCCGCAGAAAGCAAUUUAUUUUAAUACAGUUAACUCAAGUGUAUAUGAUGUAUGGGCUGAUUAUGGCCACUGCAGUUGCAGUCAUGAUGCUAUGCGUCACAAUUCACAGGCGCCAUUUGAUGGUAUGGGGAUUAUUUACUCCCAAGUUCGUUUUCGAUGUAGUAGGUCUUUUACUUGCAGAUGUGUUGAUUUGUUUGGCCUCACUUUUCUGCUUUCGUCAAGUGGAAGAUGAUGAUGAGCCACAUCAUAACGUCACUGAAAACUGAAGAGGUCAUAUUGCAAUUGAGUGAGAAAUUUUUUGCCAGAUAGAUUUUAGUGGUGUAAUAAUUCAUUUGUUCAAAAUGGAAAAUACUGUAGAUCUAUAAUCUCUUGCUAAAACAAUGCUGGGCUCAAUUUUUUUUAUAGGAAUACAGUGAAAGAAAGAGACUCAGAUUGGACAUU